AUGAAGAAGCAAACAAACAUCGUUUUCAGUCAAUUGAAGGACAUACCGCUCGCGGCACUCGACGGCAAGUCGUCGAGCACGCUGAGCCAGGUGUGCGAAGGUCGCCAGGGCGUCGUGCUCAGCAUGCUGCGCCGAUUCGGCUGCGUGCUCUGCAGAGAUGGCGCCGCCCAGCUCUCCACCAUCAAAUCCGAUCUCGAUGCGUUGAACGUGGGCCUCGUCGGCGUGGCGCCCGAGCACUUGGGCCAGGACGAGUUCACCAAGGACGGUGGCUACUUCAAGGGCGAUCUUUUCUGUGCUAACUUUGGAUGCAACCGCUACGCGCAGACGACUCGUGCGUCGAUCUUUUCGCUGCUGCGGCCCUCGGUGUGGAAGGCCGCGUCGGAGGCAAAGUCGCGAGGCAAGGACGGCAACUUCCAAGGCGAUGGCCUUCAACUGGGCGGCACGUUCGUGUUCGACUGCGCCAGCGGCGAGGUGCUCUUCGCCCACUACCAAGAGCACUUCGGCGAUCACCCCGACCCGCAGGAGGUGCUCAAGGUGGUCAAGGAUCACUUCUCCGCCAAGGAAGCCGACACCCAGUAG